UUCGGAAAUCUUGUCUUGUCAUGCUUAUCAUAUAUGCCUAUCUCUGUGGUCGGUGGGAAGUCGGUCUCUUUCUAGCUGGCUCUCUUCUCGCUGACACCACGCAUCCAAGGAGGCCGAGAAAAUAUCUCCGCUGGCGGAGAUAUCAUUUCGGAGUCUUCCAGAUUAUGUUCCUACUCAUCGCCCUCUUUUUGAUGUCUGCACCGCCACUGUGCGUUCAGUAUACACCUGGUUAUCGUCUCCUGACCCGCUUAAUCCCGUCUUUCGACCCGCAAACCUUUCGAUUCUACCCUGCAAUCGUUUCCGUAACCCUUGUCAGUCUGCCUGUUCAGUAUCUCGGUCGUGUCAGUUAAAGCGUGUACAUUAUCCACGGACCUUUAUUCCACCUGCUGGGCUACCGCCUAUUCGUUUUCGUCUGGAACAUCACUGGAAGAGACACGCCAUGGAGAUUUGCUUUUGGCUCUUUUGUCGUUUCGUGGACGAGCAGAGUAUUCGUUUUGCGAAAUGGUUGGAGAAGUUUGUGGGAGUCCGGCAAGCCUGUAUAUAAUCUAUAUUCAUGAUCAGUCAUUGGCAAGU